AUGGAUCCGCCGGCGGGCGCGCAGGGCCAGCACCAGCACGAGCCCAUCAGCUUCGGCAUCGACCAGAUCCUCAACAGCCCCGAGCAGGAGAGCGCUCCCCCGCCGCCCCCCCGGGGCCCCGACGGCGCGACCUUCCUGGGCGGCCCCGGCGGCCGCGGCGGCGCGCCCUACCCGGCCCUGCCGGCCCCCUUCCCGGCCAUCGCCGCGCCCUUCGAGGACUCUGGAUCUUACAGUGUGAACCUCAGCCUGGCCCCGGCCGGCGUGAUCCGGGUGCCGGCGCACAGGCCCAUCCCCGGGGCCGUGCCGCCGCCCAUCUCCAGCGCCAUCCCGGCCAUGCCCGCCGUGCCCAGCCUGGGCAGCCUCAACUUCCCCUGGAUGGAGAGCAGCAGGCGCUUCGUCAAGGACAGGUUCACAGCGGCGGCGGCGCUGACGCCCUUCACGGUGACGCGGCGGAUCGGGCAUCCCUACCAGAACCGGACCCCGCCGAAGCGCAAGAAGCCGCGGACGUCCUUCUCCCGGGUGCAGAUCUGCGAGCUGGAGAAGCGCUUCCACCGGCAGAAGUACCUGGCCUCGGCCGAGCGCGCUGCCCUCGCCAAGUCCCUCAAGAUGACGGACGCCCAGGUGAAGACCUGGUUCCAGAACCGGCGCACCAAGUGGCGGCGGCAGACGGCGGAGGAGCGGGAGGCCGAGCGGCAGCAGGCGAGCCGGCUGAUGCUGCAGCUGCAGCACGACGCCUUCCAGAAGUCGCUGAACGAGUCGAUCCAGCCCGACCCGCUGUGCCUGCACAACUCGUCGCUGUUCGCGCUGCAGAACCUGCAGCCCUGGGAGGAGGAGAGCGCCAAGAUCCCCCCGGUCACCUCCCUCGUCUGA